AUGUCUUCUCGAACGCUUUUGGACUUAGUUCCAAAUACUCUUCUUCCAACCACAUUUCCAGCUGAUGACCCAGUCAAAUAUUUCGUUAUGGGUCUUCUUUUCAUGCUGAUUUUCUACGGUUUCGACAGGCGUGGCGUAAAGAUUCCUGAAAUAAAUCCGGCUAUAAACUUCGACAUUGGUAAUCGACGGCGUAUGGCUGACUUUGUUCAGAAUUCUAAAGAUCUCAUGAUUCGUGCGAGACAGAAAUUCGGACAGAAUCCUUAUAAGUUAUUCUCAGAGUGGGGCAAUGUCGUGGUUUUGCCUCCUGAGUAUCUGGAUGAGCUUAGAAAUGACCCGCGCCUCGACAUUUUGACUCCUCUGAAUGAGGAUAACAAUGGGAGUAUUCCUGGGUUCGAGCCAUUCAUGGCGAACGAAAACCAUCCCCUAAUGAUUACGAAGUACUUGACGAGAGCCCUUAACAAGAUUACGAAACCACUUUCCAAGGAAAUGGCACUUACUCUCCGAGAGAUCAUAACGGAAACAACUGAAUGGCAUGAGAUAGUCCCAGGAGAGUCGUUCAUUCAUAUUGUAAAUCGUCUGUCCACCAGAGUCUUCAUGGGAGAAGAUCUUUGUCGAGACGAUGCAUGGCUUAAAGCCUCUGCAAAUUAUACUGCCACUGCGUUCGCAGCGGGAAAACAACUUGGGCGUUACCCAAAAUGGUUUCGUCCAAUUGUUCAUUGGUUCCUGCCUUCUUGUUGGAAAGUUCGGGGCCUUCUAUCACACACUCGUCAGGUUUUAAAACCUCACCUAGAGCGACGGGAGGCGAAAAAGAAUGAUGCUCUAGCCCAGGGAGACACGAGCAUUCAGUUCGACGACGCCAUUGAGUGGUUUGGGUUGGUCUUCAAGGAGAAGUACGACCCCGCUAGCCAGCAAAUCACACUUGCUCUGGCAGCGAUUCACACCACAAAUGAUCUUCUUCAGCAGACGAUGAUAGACUUGGCUUGCCACCCGGAACUCUUCAAGCCUCUCCGCGAGGAACUGAUCAGCGUAUUAAGGGCCGACGGCUUAACCAAAACCGCGCUGCCCAACUUGAAGCUUCUGGAUAGCGUCAUCAAGGAGUCACAGCGAUUGAAGCCUGUAAUGCUAUCAAACUUUCGCCGUCUUGCUACUGAGAAUAUCAGGCUUUCUGAUGGCUUUGUGAUUCGUAAGGGUCAGAGAAUUAUAGUCAAUAACACGCAUAUGUGGGAUACCAACUGGUAUGAAGAACCUGAAAAAUAUGAUGGAUAUCGGUUCCUUCAUCUUCGUGGCACGGAACAGGAAAAAUAUGCUCAUCUUGUGAAUACGGCCACGAAACACACUGGAUUUGGUUUUGGUAACCAUUCCUGCCCUGGUCGUUUCUUUGCUGCAAACGAACUCAAAAUUGCGUUGAUUCACUUUUUACUAAAAUAUGAUUGGAAACUAUCUGAAGGAUAUAAACCUCAGCCUGUCGCGUCGGGAAUGGCGUUAGUACCGGACCCUCGGGUUAAAUUCUUGUUUCGGAGGCGGGAGCAAGAGCUUGAUCUUGUCUGUCUUUAG